AUGCAAAAUAUUCUCGAAUAAAAAUGUUAAAAAAAAAAAAAAAAUUAAAAAAAAAAAAAAAAAGAUAAAAACUCUAUAAUUGAAUCAUUUUACGGUUCCAUAUUAGAUGAAGGAUCAUAAAUAAAAAACCAAUAAAUUCCAAUAUUUCCAAGUAAACCAAUCUAAAUAAAUCCAGAAAAACAAGUUUAAAAUUUAAACAAAACAUUUCAAAUUUAUAACUCAGACAUUAAGUUUUAAAUCAAAAACAAAGACACAGGUAUUAAUUAUUUAUUUGAAUAAAAAAAUAAAAAAUUAAGGAUAAAUAUCCGAUAUCCGUUAAUAUAAAGAAAAAAAGAAGAAGAAAAAAAAUACACAACAACCGCUUGGGUAGAUUGGUGGUAAAAAAAGAGAUAAAUAAACUAAUAAUUUCUCGAAAAUUCAAAGCAAAAUAAUAUUGAAAAAUGUUUAUAAUUAUUAGAUAAAAAGCUUGCUGAUUAAAAAGCCGAAAUAAACACCAAAGAUAGUCUUAAUGGUUGGACGGCUUUACAUUAUUCAGCUUAUAAUAACAAUUUAAACUUAAUUUCACAUCUUUUAUUUCAUGAAGCAAUUAUAGACUCUUUAUCUUUACAAAACUAAACUCCUUUAAUGUUAAGUACUAUUAAAUAAAACAUAGAUAUAGUUCAAAUAUUAAUAACAGCAGGAGCAGAUAUAAACAUAUAAGAUUUUUAAUAAAAUACAGCCUUUCAUUACUCUUGUAUAGCUGGAAAUCAAAAACUAAUACAAAUAUUUUUAAAAAAAGCUAGUUUAAAUUAUAAUUUAGUAAACAAUGAGGGAAAAAAAGCAUUAGAUUUAUGUGAAAAUAAAAAUAUAAAAUAGGAUUUUUUUUCAUAUAUGAACUUCCAAAGUGAAAAUUAAUAAAAAGUUAAAAUAAUAGAAACAUAAAAGAAGUUAAACUAGAUUUUUCAAAAAGGGAAUAUAUAAAAUUUAUAAAAAAAAAUAAGUGUAAUAUAAAUAUAAAUAUAAAUAUAAAUAUAUAUAUAUAUAUAUAUAUAUAUAUAUAUUCUAUAUAAUUAAAAAAUUUAGUCUAUAUCUACUCAUUCUAAUUUCUCCGAAGAAAAAAUUGAUAUAAACACAUUUAAUAUAUUUGGAAUGAUAGGAAAAGGAAGCUUUGGUGAAGUUUUUUUAGUAGAAAAAAGAGAUAAUAUGUAAUUAUAUGCCAUGAAAGUAUUAUAAAAAUCUAAAAUAUUAAAUAAUAAUUUAACCAAAUAUGCAUUAACCGAACGAAAUAUACUAUCUUCAAUAAAGCAUCCUUUCAUAGUAAAACUAGUUUAUGCAUUUUAAAAUACAGAUAAGCUUUUUUUAAUCCUAAAUUAUUGCCCAGGAGGUGAUUUAGGUGAACUUCUUUAGAAAGAAAAAUAAUUAAGCGAAUAACAAGUUCUUAAUUAUUCUGCCGAAAUAGUAUUAGCUUUGGAACAUUUACAUUCAAAAGAUAUUAUUUUUAGAGACCUUAAACCUGAUAAUAUAGUACUUGAUCAUUAAGGACAUGCUCUUUUGACUGAUUUUGGUCUUUCUAAAGAAGGUGUUCUAGAAAACGCUACUGGAGCAAAAUCUUUUUGCGGAUCAAUUGCUUAUUUAGCACCUGAAAUGCUCAAAAAAUGUGGACAUGGAAAAGCUGUGGAUUGGUAUUUACUUGGAGUUGUUAUUUAUGAGUUACUUGUGGGAAUACCACCUUAUUAUUCUCAUAAUAAAGAUGAAUUAUUUUAUAAUAUUCAAAAUGCUUAACUUAAAUUACCUGAUUUUUUAUCAAUGGAAUCAAGAUCAUUACUUAAAUCACUUUUGUAAAGAAAUCCUAUUAAAAGACUUGGUUCUGGAAAAGGAGAUGCUGAAGAAAUUAAAGCUCAUCCUUUUUUUAAAAAAAUUAAUUGGAAAGAUGUUGAAUAAAGGUUUAUAUUUUUAAAUUGA